GGCAGCAAGGGCAGAAACGCAGCAACACUUUGGACCAUGGAGAAGGAGGAGGAGAUGGAAGUUGUCACAAAGCAGAUGCUGCUUCAAGAACCACUGACGGUGAUGGACCAUCGUCCCCCAGAACCUCCAGAACCUGGCUGCUGCCCUUGUUGCGGCUGCUGCAGCUGCUGCGACUGUUGCGGCUGUUGCGACAGCUGUCCAUCAAUACCUGGCCUUGGAGGCGGCUGCCCUGGCUGCGGAGGCUGCUGUCCUGGAUGCGGCGGUUGCUGCCCCGGGUGCGGUUCCUGCCCAGGCUGUUGCUGCUGCCCGGGUUGUGGCACUUGCUGCCGGAUGUGCUGCUGCCUGCCCUGCAAUCUGCCCAAACUUCUCUGCCGUUUGCCCAAGCUACCCGGCUGCCCAAUUCACAUCAAGCGAGUCCUGAUCAUUUUGAUUGUCGUCGUCCUUAUUGUGGUGAUCAUUGUGGGAGUACUCCUGAUGGGGUUGUAUGUCACCCAGGCGCAUACUGAGACGGUUUUGCAAAUGACCAUUGAAGGCCAUGGAGGGAAAGAGUCAUGGCUGGAUCUGCCCACAGAUAUGGAAGAAGUGGCCACCUUCCAGGUGGAUGAUGGAAUCCGUGGCCCUGCUGCAGUCACUUAUGACUUUAACAAGCUGUUGAUUGGCUAUAAACCUUGGCAUGGAGAAGCCUGUUACAUCACAAGGAUGGAUAAGGAGAAUGUGCAAGGACUGGACAAUAUCUUCAAUGAAUUCCAGGCUAAGUCAUCCUUCAGGUCUCUUCCACCGAAGGAGGAGGGCAUGCACCUUAGAGCCUUGGUGGAUCGAUCCAGCUUGGGAACCACGCUUAACAUCCUCUGCAGCCAUGUCCCCAUCUUCUGGGCUUAGAAAGGCUCAUGGCAGAAGAUACAUUUCCAUGUCCCUGAUGGUUCUCACCCAGAUGGACCAGGAAUCAUGUCUCCAUGGACCUUUCCUGAGUGGUUUUGCUGUGGGGUUUGCUCCAGUUUGGGUUGCACAGCCGACUUAGUGAAGAUCCAGACCAAGCAGAGCUUUGGGCAUUAAUGGGAAGCAUAAAUGCAGGAGGCAUAAGGCCUGAACUUCCUUUAGUUGCAGACUCUAUUAAUGUCUCUCGCUAGGACCUGGGCAGCGUGAGCCUUUGGGAAAGUGUGGGGUGGGAGGAAAGAAGCUGCUUUUUGGCUAUGCAAUUGAGAAGAAGCUAGCUCAAAAUAUCUGCAGAAUGGGAUAUUUUCCAUUCUAGAUUGGUCUCUCUGUCUUGAUCUAAGCUACCACAGAGGCCAGAUUUGGGCUGCAGAGUCUUUCAAAGAAUAGUAGACUGGCCCUUGUUAAUACUCUGGAGUUUAUCACAAGGAGGGCGAAUUGGUAAAAACCCAUGCAGAAAUGGGAUUUUAAUAUCUGUUUGUCAGAUGCGUUGGCAUGAAAGAAAAAUAAUGAGAAAUUAAUCCAAACGGAAAGCUCCUUUGUACUUUCAAAAUUUAGCAAAUGUAAAAAAGGGGUUGGUUUGGAUAACUUUGCAUUCAGCUUACUUUCACAUUAUUUCUCUUUCAUGCAAACAUUGUCUGAAAAACAUCCCACAAAUGAGGGGGUUUUUUUUCAGCUUUCUGUUUGGAUUAACCACGAAAGUCAUAUGAAAAACAAUCCGCAAACGUGGGUUGUUUUCAGUUUGAAUUAAUUUCUGGACGGCAUUCAUCCUGUGCGAUAAGCUCCAGAGAGGAGUCUCCUCCAACUGUCUGGAACAGUGAUGACCAAACUUUGGUCUUCCAGGUGUUUUGGACUUCAACUUCCCGAAGCCAAAGUCAAUGGUCAAUGAUCAGGAAUUCUGGGAGCUGAAGUCCAAAACAUCUGGAAGACAAAAGUUUGGGAACCGCUGCUCUAGGACUUUGGAAGAAGGCAAAGCUGGAGCCCAGGAAGCAAGGAAAUCUGCCUCCUGGGCAAGUUGCUGGCUCUCCCUUCUCCUUCUGCCCUUGCCUCCCAGUCCUUCCAUAGCAGUCUUCCAAAACUGGGGAGGACAAAUCCUCCACUCCAAAACUGCUUCUUGCCCUUCCUGGCUAUUGCCUCAACUUUUAUACCUGUGUCAUUCUGUUUCCUGGCUGCUGGGUCUCCAGUAUCUCUCCAUUGCAAGGGACUGAUGAACUUCCCAGUUGGCAGCCUUUUCCUCCUUACUGGCAGCCCAGCAGCCUAUGAACAAUGUUUGCACAGCAAUCCUGACACUCCCUUCUUCACACCUUUCUGCUUCUUCAGGUUAAGAUCGCAUCUUGCUGGAGAAACGGAAAACAUGAGAGCGCUUAAAUAAGUAAAUAAAAAUAGGAGCCCUGUUUGCACUAAUGCAAUGUGGCAGCCGCAUGGUCCCAAAGGACAGGGAAUAACAGAUGGAAGGGCAGCAUCUUUCCUAAAAGGGAUUCUCUCUUCUUGGCAUGCAGAAAGUUUGGGAAACAUCAGGGGAAAUGGAUAGCACUCAUUGGGAGGCAAUGGACAGGUCAAAGAGACUGGUCUCAAUGGGACAAUAGACAUACAUGCAUUUCUGGGGGGGGGCAGGGUCACAGAAUACAAAUGACUAGAGAAGUGUACUUUCUAGCAAUCUCUAGUCUUUCUGGCAUGGAUCUAUUGUCAACUUCUGCCAGAAAUUACGCUGGAGGACCUAGAGAUUCCUAGAGAGAACAUAUUGAUCAAAUUCGUCAAUAACCAAAACCCCAAAACUCAAAAGUGGAAGGCCAACUGUUAUUUUUUUUCCAUCCCAAAUGAGGGCAAGCAAAGUCCAUGCAGCACAUUAUGUGCAAGAAAGAAUGGGCCUAACCUAGCCUUUUUUCUCUGACAUGCUUGCAUUUCUAUCUAGCAGGGACAUAUUAAAAAAUAAAAAGGAGCAAAUCUACCCAAAGAGAUCUCACCGAUCACCUUUUUUUCCUGCCUGAAAUGUGUUGAGAUCUGCCUCUUUGUGUCAGCAGAGGGCAACCUUGUACAUAGGAUUUCCAUGCCUCGCUGUACUGUAGUCAUAGGACUCCCAUUGCAAGUUCCUUCAAAAUAAAUG